CUUAAUGGAAAGUACCAUCAACCUAUCUCUCCACACCCCAUUCUCUAUUUCCAAAAUCCUCUCCCUCCAACCAAUCCCUCCCCCUCCUCCAUGGAAGACCAAUCAGCCUCCCCAUCCCCGCCGCGACCAUCACCACCACUCAAAACAUAUAAGCUCACAGCAUCCUCAGUCUCUUAUGCCAAAUUGACCACCACCAUUACGGGCUAUUUCCUUUUCAAACCUUGCACUUCGACGCCUCCAACCUACAUCCUCCGGAAUGUCUCCUUGACCGCAAACCCCUCACAAAUCCUUGCCAUUGUUGGCCCAAGCGGAGCCGGAAAGUCCACUCUUCUUGACAUUCUAGCAGCUCGAACGUCUCCAACUGAUGGCACCCUUCUACUCAAUUCCACUCCGAUCAACCCUUCUUCGUUCCGCAAGCUCUCUGCUUAUGUUCCUCAACAUGAUCCAUGCUUGCCAUUGCUCACUGUAGCUGAAACUUUUGCUUUUGCUGCUCGCCUUCUUGUCCCUAAAACAUCAGAAAUCGACACCAUUGUUACAUCUCUUCUGUCAGAGCUGAGGCUAACUCACUUGGUUAAUACCAAGCUAGGUCAUGGGCUGUCGGGUGGUGAGCGCAGGCGAGUUUCGAUAGGUCUAAGUCUCCUCCAUGACCCUGCUGUGUUACUACUUGAUGAACCCACUUCGGGUCUUGAUAGUACUUCAGCUUUCAAUGUGAUGCAGAUCCUCAAAUCCAUAGCCGCUUCACGUCACCGCACUGUCGUUUUAUCCAUACAUCAACCAAGCUUCAGGAUUCUUUCGACCAUUGAUAGAAUCCUCUUGCUAUCAAAAGGGACUGUUGUGCACCAUGGUACACUUUGUUCACUUCAAGCAUUCUUACUAUCCAAUGGGUUUUCUGUCCCUCCUCAGCUCAACGCCCUCGAGUAUGCCAUGGAAUUACUAAACCAGCUGCAUGACAGCAAACCAAUUACACCACCAUCGCUCCCUCCAUCAUCUGAAAGUUCUAUUACUUCUACCAAUGAAGCCAGUGAUAUCAGGUAUAGAAGCUCAAGACUAAAUGAAAUCUGCUCUCUAUAUAACAGGUUUUGGAAGAUUAUUUACAGAACAAGGCAGCUUCUUCUGACCAAUGCAUUAGAGGCUCUUAUUGUGGGUCUUGUUUUAGGAACGAUCUACAUUAAUAUCGGUUAUGACAAGGAAGGAAUAGAAAAAAGGUUUGGUCUCUUUGCCUUCACUCUCACCUUCCUUCUCUCCUCUACAACUGAAACCCUUCCGAUCUUCAUUAAUGAAAGGCCUAUUCUGCUGAGGGAAACUUCAAGUGGGGUUUAUAGACUCUCAUCAUAUCUCAUAGCCAAUACCCUUGUCUUCCUGCCGUAUUUGCUUGCCAUUGCGAUCAUAUAUUCAACUUCUGUCUACUUCUUAGUGGGCCUAUGUGCUUCAUGGCAAGCUUUUGCUUACUUUGUUUUGGUCAUUUGGAUCAUAGUUCUAAUGGCAAAUUCAUUUGUCCUCUUCUUGAGCUCUAUUGCACCAAAUUAUAUAGCCGGGACUUCACUUGUUACAAUACUUCUUGGUGCAUUUUUCCUCUUCUCUGGUUACUUCAUCUCCAAGGAUAGCUUGCCCAAGUACUGGCUCUUCAUGUACUUUUUCUCAAUGUACAAGUACGCACUUGAUGCGCUCCUUAUCAAUGAGUAUUCUUGCCUUGCGUCAAGGUGUUUUCUAUGGUACAACGAAACCAAGACUUGCAUGCUAACAGGAGGUGAUGUAUUACAAAAGAAAGGGCUCCAUGAGGGGCAGAGAUGGAUCAACAUCUACAUCUUGGUUGGGUUCUUUGUGUUCUAUCGCGUGCUUUGUUUGCUGGUUUUAAUCAGGAGGGUUUCAAGAUCAAAGAAAUGAAGACAUACAGAAAUUAGGCGUCAAGUGUCAUAUUUGAUUUUCUUUUUUCCAAUUAUUUCCUGUUAGUCCAUUCCUUCUCUCCCUCGUUCACAAGUCAUAGUCCCCUGUAAUGGCUGCUAGGAAUAUUUCAUUUGAUUUAUCAAAUAAGUAAGUUCCAACUGAAUUAUGACAAUAAUGAUGCUUGAUUCUCCUUGUUAACCGGGCAAAUACUUAAAAUUCGCUGCCACAUUAA